AUGAGCAAAUCAUUGGCGGCGUUUCUCGACCGCCGUAAAAAGAGUACGGUAAAGGCUGCGGCCCUGUUGCAGCAGACGGAGGAAGCUGCCGCUUUGAAGCAAAAGGCUUUGGACGGUGCUGAUGAUGCGGUAACCGAGGUACAAUCUGAACACGACGAUGAGUGGAAGGUGUCUGACGAUGAAGACGUGAAGGCGUUUAAGAAUCAGACGACCUUCUCUGGUAGUCUAUUGAAGUCCGUGCGCACUGUUGCGGGAGAGGGUCUUGAGGACCGUGGACCCCGACAAGAGGCCAAACCAGCUCAACAUGUGUGGAAAACCAUUAAUGAACCACUUGAGAAGAAAGAGCCACCUAAAGAGGAAGCACCGAAAGUAUGGGUCCCCAAGUACAAGUCCGGUGGCCUCGGAGGUGGUCUUCUGAGCAAGAACGACGUGGACCUUGCCGAGGCUGUAAGAGUUGCUGAAGCUAAGGCGGAGCAUCAUCAUGCGAGAAAGACUAAGACGUUGAAGAAGAAGGCGGCGUCAUCGCGCCCUGAUGCGGAUCCUGACAUUACGAGCUUUGUGAAAAUCAAGUUCAACGUUUUCUCCGUAAUGCCCGAAUCUUACCGCAGCUUCAAGUCUCCACAUCCGAACACUUCGCUGAAUGUGGACAGUGUCAAGGCGAAGUACAUCGCACGCACCUCUUCUACAUAG